UGUCCCAUACCUUCUGUGUAAUGACACGGGGGGUCUGAAGCCCAGGAACUCUAAGCAAACGCGCUUAGCAGACCCCAAGGAGUGGCCCCAUCGUUCUUCCUUGCAACCUCCCUGCAACAUGAAUCGCAAGGACAGCAAAAGAAAAUCUCGCCUGGAGUCUACAAGUCAAACUAUUAACAGUAAUGGAGUCAUCCUCCCUGCUAAGGGUCGGCCUAGUCAUAGUCGGAGGAGGAGAAGGAUGACUUGUCCAAGCCCUGCCGAGAUUAACAAGGCUCUUGGAUAUGUCACACUGGAGCAACUGGGAAAGAGCUGCAGCCUGGAAGAACUGCUAGAGAAAUGCAUACAGUCAUUUGAUAUGGACGGAAAGAUCUGGAGGAACGAAGACACCAUUCAUAUGAUCCUCGUCAUGCAUAGCUGGGUGGUGCCAUCUGCCGAAUUUGCACGGAAGCUUCUUCAACUUUACAGGGAAGCUGCUCAAAACCACCGAAGAAUGCAGAUCUGCCAUUUCCUCAGGUUCUGGGUGAAUCAAUAUCCAGAGGUGUUUCGUCUGAACACUGAACUAGAAGAACUAAUGGGUGAUUUUUGGGAAGUGGUAAAGAACAAAAGAAGGUCAAGUGAUCAGCAACAAAGUAUCGACAGCUCAUGCUUUAGUGACCAAGAAAUCACCAAACCAUUUCCAGAGUCUCCGAGCUUCAACAAAAAGAGAAAAGUCUCGCUCCUCUUUGAUCACCUGGAGCCAUCAGAACUUGCAGAUCAUCUCAGCUACCUGGAAUUUAAAUGUUUCUGCAGGAUAUCGCAUUUAGACUAUCAAAGCUACACUUUACAUAAUCCUCUAAGGGAAAUUCCUCGAUUGGAGAGAUCAGUCAAUUUGUGCAACAGUAUUUCUCAGUGGGUUCAACUCAUGAUCCUCAACCGCCCUACUCCACAGCAGAGGGCAGAAGUGUUUACCAAGUUCAUUCAGGUGACACAGAAACUCCGCAAACGACAGAACUUCAAUACCCUCAUGGCAGUGAUUGGAGGACUAUGUCACAGUGCAAUCUCCAGACUGAAAGAGACCCACAGUUACCUGUCCCACGACAUAUUGAAAACCCUCAGCGAGAUGACUGAGCUCCUAUCCUCGAGCAGUAACUACAGUACAUAUCGGAGGGUAUACAAUGAAUGUGGGGGGUUUAAAAUUCCCAUUCUUGGGGUGCAGCUAAAGGACUUGGUGUCGCUGAACGAAGCUCUGCCUGAUUACUUGGAGAACGGGAAAAUCAAUGUCUGCAAACUACAGAGUCUCUACCAACAUAUCCUGGAAUUACGGCAGCUGCAGAAAGUUAGUCCGCCAUUCAAAGCUAACAAGGAUGUGAUACUGCUGCUUACUACAUCUUUGGACACGUUUUAUACAGAAGAUGAGAUUUACUCCUUAUCCUACACACGGGAGCCACGCAGUUCCAAAUCAAUGUCUACCACUCCUAUUAAGCCCCCAGAAGAGAAUCCAGACUGGACCCCAGUAGAAUCUUUACAACUGGACCCUCAGAGCCUCAGCCGCAGUGUAGAGCAAAUGGUGAAGUCUGUCUUCCAGUUCUAUGAUCCAGAUCAAAGGGGCUUUAUAUCCCGGGAAGACUUUGAAAAAGUGGUUUCCAGUCUGCCCUUCUCUUGUCACAUUCUGGAAAAAGACAGAGAGGGACCUGUCAACCAUCAGGAGAUGACUUCAUAUUUUAUGAAAGCCAGUCAAGUGUGCUCCAGACUAGGACUUCCCUUUUUGCAAAGUCUGCUGGAGAUACGUCUGAAGGAAACUCCGCUCUGUGCCAACUGUAUUUGGAGUGUGGCCAAGCAAGGCUACGUGUCUGCAGGACUGCGCAAGGAUGCUAUGGAGAAUUGGCCUACUAGUCAGAAAAGUCUGGAAAGAAUAGAUCAAUGUCAAAAACCUCAUCUGACAGACGGGCUCCAGGGAUCUGCGGGGCCUGUGGCAGCAGGUCCUUCAUAUAUGAAAUCUUACUGUGGAGACGGGUGCAAGAGAUCAGAAACCUUACUGAAGAAGCUAGAAGAAGCAAAGGAGGAGAGGAAGCGGCUGUUGAUGGAGAACGCCGGCCUGCACUGCACCAACUCGCAGCUGGCAGCGGAGAACGCCAACUUACACAACCAGUUGUGUGUAUUACAAGACGAGGUCCAGGCACUGAGCAAAGACUCCAAGAUGAAACCUGCGCUCACCCAAAUCCUCCAGACCCUCAAGGCAUUAAAAAUACAAAGCGGCACAAACCCAUGACUUAACGCCACAGGAGGGACUGAGCCCAUCUUGUAAAAUACGCUCUGUGGACAAAACGGAGCCCUCAACUGUACGAUGUGAUACCUCUGACAUAACGCUCAAGGCAGCAUGGUUCCAUGCAAGUUAGGGCUCAUGCACACAAACCGGUCCGUCUGCAGAACCAUUCACUUCAAUGGGGCUUGAAAAAAAAAAAAAAACGGAAAUGACUCCAUGUGCAUUCUGUGUCCAUUCGCCAAAAAAAAAAAAAAAUAGAACAUGUCCUAUUCUUGUCCGUUUUGCGGACAAGGACAGGCAUUGUUAUACUGGAUCCGCCACAAAAAUCAUAAGUUGUUUUUUUUGCGCACCGCAAAAUACAGACGGUUGUGUGCAUGAGCCCUUCAGAAAUACUCCAUUGAGGCUUCAGUAUUUUGUU